AUGUCGGAUUUUGUAAAGAAUUUUGAUUAUGAUUUUCUGAAUGACUUUGAUGACUUGGACGACGUUACUCUGUCACAAGUUCUUGACAGAUAUGAAAUUUCUGAAAACUUGGAUUUAGGCCUAGAGGACUAUUCCUUUGGAAGUUUUAACGUGGAAUUACUCAAAGAAGGACCGGAACCCACGGAAAACACAAAAUCACGUUUCGGACCGCCCGUUGAUUCGGAAUAUAUACAGGACUUUAUAAAGUCAAAGGAAAACAGAAAUACAAGAAAAAACACAAACUGGGCAAAACGUGCAUGGGACGAAUGGACAAAAAGCAGAGGAGAUGUCCCUGCCCUUCUUACCAUGAAUGAUUUACAGAUGAACCAUUAUCUAUCAUGCUUUGUGAUAGAAUGUCGGCGACAGGACGGAACAGAAUAUCCAGGUAACAGUCUUUACCAACUGGUGUCAGGAUUACUGAGAUAUUUAAGAGAGAACGGUGUGAUCAUCAUGAAUUAUUUGAAUACAGGAGAUUUAAGAUUCCAGGGUUUUCGGAAAACGCUGGACGCAAGGAUGAAAGAUUUGACAUCGCGUGGAAUUGGUGGUAGGAAAAAGGAAGCUGAUCCAAUUUCUCCGGAAAAUGAAAACGUAUUGUGGGAAAAAGAACAGUUAGGGGGUAAGUCGUCCCAAUCUUUGUUAAACACUGUCUUUUAUUACAACUGUAAACUAUUUGGUUUGCGUGGAAUGGAUGAACAUCGUGCAUUAUGCGGUGAACAAUUUGUGUUGGGGGCAGACGAGUUGGGAACUUUGAUUGAAUUUCAAGGUAGAACGUCAAACAACUUUGCUGGCGGGUUAAAUCAAAGAAAGAUACAGCCAAAAUGUAUGAAACAUUAUUCUGAGGCGAGAAGCGACCGGUCACUGUAUGAUCUAUAUGAACUUUAUCUCGAAAAGGUUGGGAAAAUGGGAACAAUCUAUAGGCGCCCGAUUCAGGGAAAAGAAAUGAAAUUUUCCAGUCAGGUUGUCGGUGUUAACAAACUCUCGACGAUUGUGAAAACGAUGUGUACAAAAGCGGGGAUCCAAUGGAACUUUUCCAAUCAUUCCGGGAAAAGAACCUGUGCCACAUCACUAUUCCAGAGCGGAGUAGACGAACAACUUAUUAUGCAACGAACUGGCCACAGGAGCACUGCAGUACGGGAUUAUAAGAGAACAUCUUCUGUACAGGAAAAGGAAAUCAGUCCCCUCUUAGAACCUCCAUCUAAACAUUGUAAAAUGUCUUUUCAGGAUGCUCUGAGCGUUUUUGGAGCCAGUGACACAAAUGAAAUAAAGACUGAGAUCACAGUUACGUCUAAAAGCAAUGAAUUAAACCUUAAUAAUUGUACAGUGACAAUCAAUUUGAAGUGA